ACAGGAGGUGUUGUGUGAGCCUUGGCUAACUACGUGGCCGAAUGUCAGCAGGCUGGGGCUGUAGUCUCACCGCGUGGCGAAAGGCCUCCAACUGCCCCCUGGCUUGCCCAUACCACAGCCACUAUGAGCUAUGUGGCACUGCCUGCCCUGCUACCUGUGCCGAUCUCAAAGUCUCAGAGAUCUGUUCCAAAGUCUGUGUGGAGGGCUGCCAGUGCGACAAGGGUUACGUGCUCAGUGGUGAACAAUGUGUCGUCAAGGAGACAGGGUGUGGCUGUACACACAAUGACCACUACUACCUGCCCGAAGAAACCUUCUGGGAGGGAAACACAUGUCAGAGUAAGUGUGUGUGCGACGGAGCCACACAGAAGGUGAUGUGUAUGCCCAGGAACUGCAAGGCUAGUGAGCACUGUGCAGUGGUCAARGGGGUUCAGGACUGCUACCCCCUCAGCUUCAAGACCUGCUCAGCACAGGGGGACCCCCACUUCCGCACCUUUGAUGGGAAGCGCUUCGACUUCCAGGGAAACUGUAUCUACAAGCUGGCGGGGGUCUGCUCCAAAGAUUCCGAUCUGGAGAACUUUGAGGUGACUCUGGAGAACAACAACAGAGGCAGCACCAGAGUCUCCUACGCCAAGGUGGUGACUGUCAUUGUGUUGGGAAGUAGUUACACCAUCACAGGUGAUUAUCACGGCAAAGUCCUGGUGAACGAUGUCCUGACGUCUCUGCCAUACUACUCCAACAACACUGAGGUUCAGAUCUACAGAAACAGACGUUUUGCUGUGCUGGAGACUUAUUUCGGUCUCAAGGUCUCCUUCGACUGGUCCAGCGAGGUGAGGGUGAAGGUCCCGAGCACCUACCACAACGCCAUCUGUGGUCUCUGUGGCAACCUCAAUGACAACCCUGAUGAUGACCUGCUUCUGCCCAACGGGAAAAAGCCCAUGAGUCCCAAGGAGUUUGGAAACAGUUACUGGGUAGCUGACGUACCGGGCUGCUCCCACGAGUGCAAAGAUUGUGCCGUUGUAGACAUCCCCCUUAUAAAGCCCAAAUAUGUCAGCGCCUGUGAUGUCAUUGUGGAUAAGAGUGGUCCCCUCAGAGACUGCAUUGGUAGAGUGCAAUCUGAUGAGUACAAAGAAGACUGCAUCUAUGACAUGAUCCUCAACAACGGCCUACUGACGGCAGCCUGUGACAUCAUCACCAACUAUGUAGAAGAGUGUCAGGAGAAGGGAGGGAAAAUUGGGGCCUGGAGGAGUAAAGACUUCUGCCACCUCCCCUGUCCAGAGAACAGUGUCUACAGCCUCUCGGCCUCCGGGUGCCCGGCCACAUGCUAUUCCAUGACCUCCGCCCCAGGAUGCACCACUCCUCCAGGGGAGGGCUGUCAAUGCAAACCUGGUUUCCUGCUGAGUGAUGACAAGUGUGUUCAAUGUGAAGAACUGUGGCUGUCACCACAAGGGUCGCUACUUUGUGUCGGCGAGGUCUUCUAUAAGGAGGAGAACUGCCACCACCGCUGCAGCUGUAACUCCGGCGAGAUGGCCUGUGAGGUGGCGCCCUGCGGUCCAAAGACACGUGUGCGGUGGUGAAGGGGGUCAGGGGCUGUUACAUUAUCAGUAGCACAGAUUCAAACAACCAGUCAUGGAUUGAAAAACUCCUUAACAAAUAUGUAAAACCUGUACAUAUCAAGUUUGGAGGCUAGAACAUUUACAUUUUCAAAUAAGAUCUCAUGGCUCUAAAAUAUCCUUUAAAAACUUCCCUUUCAUGUCCAGGUUGUAGGCUAAAGCAUUUCAACAUAAAAUCGCAAAAUUACCUUAAUAUUACCUUCUGUAUGUGAUAACAUAUUCCGAACCAUAUAAUGUUGUGAGGGGUUAUGAGUAUUCAUGCAUGGAAUUGUUAUUGAACUGUAUUCAUWAUAAUCCAAAUAUAAUUCCAUAAUUGUGUAUUACUAAAACUGAGAUUAUCUCUGUACGCGUGUAUCUGUGUCUAUCCUUUACAACUUUCAAAAGCCUAAUAAUAAACAUAUUGCAGC